CUACUACCAUCUAAUGUAGAACAGAUUACUGGAUCAAUGUGUGCUUCAGAGGAAAGUGUUAACAGAGAUCAGCUGGCUGCUACUGUAGGGAGGGCAACAAUGUUCUGAUGGAGCUGCAGAGCGACACCGAGCAGCAACCGUCCGGGAUGAGAUCAGAGUUCUGGAGAGAGUAACUGUACUGAAAGCAGGGUGGGAGGAGCCUGGUUUAUUACAAAACCUUAUGCUGCUUGAGGAAGUGAGGGACGUGUUCACCAGGACCAUGAACCUGUUGCAUCUCCCAGCAGCUUGACUCAUCUGAUCCAAGUUUUAACUGCAUCUUUCUGGAGUCUGCUGCAGACAGGAAGAGGAACCACAGAUUGACCUUAAUUUCUGGCCCAUCUAACUUUGCUCUCAGAACAUCAUACAGUGGAUCAAAAUGAGCCAAUCAGGAAUCGAGGAAUGGACCGCAGAAGAGGUUCAGCACUGGCUCCUGACAGAAGUCAGAGUUUCUCCGAGUUGUGCCGACAAAUUCAUUAAAGAAGAAGUGUCGGGAGACUAUUUAGUCUCUUUCAAAAAGGCAGACAUUCUGGAUUUAGGAAUUAAACAUGGUCCUGCUGUGAAGAUCAUGUGUUAUCUGAAGAGUCGGACUGAAGCCUCAGAGCAUCGAUCCCAGUAUCCUACAUAUGUGGAAGCAUGGACGAAGGAGCAGGUGAGCCAGUGGUUAGUGGAGCAUGUGAAGGUUUACAGCAGAUAUGCAGAACAACUUCUGGACCAAGACGUUUCUGGGGAUUGCCUGGUUUGCUUCCGGAAGCAGGACUUCCUGGAUCUGAAUGUAAAGAGUGGUCCUGCUGUGAAGAUUCUCGCAGAACUGGGAAAGCUGAACAACGGGUCAGAACCGACCCUCCAACCAAGCCUUCAGACAGGUGCAGACCGGAGAGAAGGAGAUGAACGUGUUCAGCGUGACAACAAUCAACUUCACACUUUGGGAAAUAAACAAGACGUAAAGUGCAAAACUGAGUCACAAGGUGAAAGAACGUCCAUGAGGAAAGAAGAGGGGACAACAGAACCAGAACCUUUGGGAGCAAAACCUAAAACUGCUGUGGUCAAACCCCAGCCAGAGUCACCAAAUGCCACCAAGAUGAUCCAUGACUUCUUGGAGAACCUUGGGAAAGAUAGUUUGAAGAAAUUUCUUUGCUUUUUGUCAGAACAUCCAAAACCUGGUUAUAAAUCUAUUCCUCAUGGAAAACUUGAAGGCAAAGACAGACUGGACACCGCCAAGUUGCUGACUGCUCAUUAUGGGAGUCAGGAUGCUUUACUGGUCACAGUAGCCAUUCUGAAAGAAAUCAACCAGAAUGACCUUGCUCAACGGCUUCGAAGAAGCAUGGGUCAGCUGGAGCAGCGGUGUCUUUCCAGGGACCUUAUGAAGAAAGAAGCUAACCAAGGAGAUAAACUGAAGAUGUUAUUAACAUGUGGUGGAAACUCCCUGGACAGUUAUGACAGAUUUGUUAUUGUUGUUAACAAAAGCAGUCCAGAACAGAUUCAGUACCUCACCUUUUUAAGUAAGCUGAAACUGUUCUGUGUGUUGGACUUUGACCCAAACUCUGUAUCUUCAGGGGGACUGUGUCAUUCAUACAGAGAGUCCAGAGUGGCUAAUCUGCAUUUUCCAGCACAGUUUCAGGGACAGACUGAAGCUGUUAUAAAGGGGCUCAACCUCUACCGCCAGACCAGCUGGGUCUUCUGUAAUGGUAGGCAUGAUCUUGACGACAACAAAGAGUUAGAUUAUAAGAACUGGCUGAGGAAGUCUUGCAAAGAUGUGGAGCAGUUGGUUUCAUUCAUCUGCAACCCUGAUGUUUUUCUCCCUGGAAGAUGCCUGAUCAUUUUCCUACUCAUCUCCCCUGUGGACACAGAGAAAAACCCGGUCUUUGAUACCUACAAGUCCUUCAUCAAACACACAGAUGAGUGGAACAUCAUAAGCAUCUGUGAAUCCCAGAGUACUUAUUUGAAAUGGCGGGAACUUAUCAAAGACAAAUGUGACUUUGACAUUGAACAUUUGUCCAUAAAUGAGCUAACUCUAAGUGAGAUCAAUGGAACCAUAUCGGGCCUUGGUCCAGUGAGUCAGUCAUCAACGAGACUGCUGCCUUCCUCUGGUUCCAGUGCUGUUGUCCUGAAACCAAAGGAUGAAGAUUUACUGACAGCUCUGGAUGUUUUGUGUCUCAAUCAGUGUCAAAACAUCUUCGAUGAAAGCAGUUCAGAGUUUGAUAACUUCAGAAAAACAGAGGAGGAGGAGUUCUACAGAGGAGCCAAAGUGACAUGGUGGAACUUCUACUUCUGUGACAAAGACAUAGAGAAGCCAUUUAUCAAGAGAGACAAGUAUAACAAUGUGAAAACAAUGAUCAGAUCACAGAAGACACAUUCAAGUAACCCCUUUGUUCUGCUGACUCUGUUUCAUAACCCAGGAUGUGGUGGCACCACCUUAGCAAAGCAUGUGAUGUGGGACCUCCGUCAGGAGUUCAGAUGUGCUGUUCUGAAGGACAACACAGUACCAAAAAAAGAGGUGGCCCACCAAGUCCUGCAUCUGAUGAAGCUGGAAAGUGAAAAACCAUCCCCGGUUCUGCUCUUGGUUGAUGACUCAAAGGAAACCGAAAACCCCUCUGAUCUGUUGAACUGCAUUCGCCAAGCUGUAGAAGAUUUAUCGGACAUUAAUCUUGAUGAUGCUCAAGACUGCAAAGUUAUCAUCCUCAACUGUGUUCGUUCGCAUAACCCGGUAGAGCAACACAGACAGCACAAUCAAACCCAAAGCCAGUUCCUAACUGCCAAACUAACGCCACAGGAGCAGAAAGAGUUUGAAAAGAAACUUAAAGAACUCAAAGAGACCCAUGACAAACCUGAAAACUUCUACAGCUUCAUGUUCAUGAAGAACAAUUUUGACAAGAAAUACACUGAAAAUCUUGCUCAUAACACCCUGGAGAACUUUGACUUCAGCAGCAAGAACGGCAAACUCUUUGCCUUUCUGGCAUUGCUCAACACAUACGUUGCAAAGUCAGAAAUGGCUCUGUCUCUUUGUGAGGAUUUCUUUCAGAUGAAGAUGAUUUACUGGAAAGAAGACAGCGUUUUGGAUAGAAUGAGGCCUUAUUCCAACUUUCUCAUCAUAGACUCAGUUGAUGAAUGGGGUGGAUACAAAGGAGUCCGAAUCCUUCACCGUGCAAUAGCAUCUGGCUGCCUGGAAGAGCUGGAGAGAAGUCAUCACCUGACAGUCAGUGAUAUCGUUAGGGAAAUCCUGCAUUAUGAUUUGUUCUUCAGUGUUAGAGUCGUUAAACAAAGACUGAUGCUCUCAAUUAAACAAAUGUUGAUAGAAAGGCAGCUAAAGAAAGAUGGAGAGGAGAGGGAACCUUUUUCUCCUCUCAUCAAUAAGAUCCACAGCCAACAAGGGAGACAAAUGGUCCAAGAGAUCUUUGUGAAAGCCUCUGCUAGGUUUGAGACAAGUGUAUCCAUCCCUCAGGCAUUGGCAAGAUAUCUGUACAUUAAUGUGCGAGACUUUGCAGAGGCCCUAAAAUGGGCAGAGAAAGCUAAGAACAUUGAAGGAAACCCCUACACUGUCGACACAAUUGGUGAAAUCCAUAAAAGCAAUCUGAAGUCUAACAUCGAGGCUAAAAAGCAGGAUAUAUCACAGAACCCAGAAGAUCUGUACAGAAACAUUGAAAUAGCCAAGAAUGGCUGGAAAGCUUUUCAAAGGGCUCAGGAACUGUCAGAUCUUGAAAUUGAAAGAGAGAAAGAAGCUGCUGACGAUGACUUGGAAGACUAUCCCAUGAAAUCCUACAACAUUAAGGGCUAUGUGAGUAUGCUGGAUAUCUCCUUCCUGGUCUUUGACAUUCUGAGCAGGUUACCUUUCUUUGAAAAACAAAAUCCAAUGAAAAAACACUACUUACGAAGUUUCCUGAACGGCUGUAUCUCAAUCAACACCGUCUACAGAGAAAACAGCACCGUCAACACCAGAUAUGUAGAGAUCAUCAGAGAACAUGAACCCUUCCUGGUUGGACUCAAACCUGAAGUCAAAGAGAUUUUUGAUUUCUUGAACUCGUACUUCACCUACAUUAAGGGGAACUCUGAACUGGACAGGGUGAAUCACAGAACAGUAAGUGAUCAUUUUAGGAAAUAUGUGAACCUUUUUGUGCAACACCAGAUGAAAGAAGAAAAGAACAGGAGAACAAAACCAACCUUAGCCUAA